AUGACGAGCCCUGACUCGGAAACGGAAGCCUUGGACGCCGUGUACCUCGAGACCGUAACCAUCCAAGGUCGCGUGUUCCAAAAGUUCUCGGUCGACCACCAGAUAUUUUUUGAGCCGGUGGACGGAAUCCACCGCCAGGAAGAGGCAGAACGACUCGAGCGCCAGCACCAGGUUUUCAACAAGGUUUUCGACAACAGGCUAAUAUUCCCGCCGAUCCCGCAGCCUCAAAAGAUCCUCGACUGUGGCUAUGGCACUGGGUCGUGGGCUAUUGAGACGGCGGAGCAGCACCCCAGAUGCAAGGUAAUCGGCCUCGAUAUAUACCCCUAUAUGAACCCAGACGAUAUACCGGAGAAUUUAUGCCUACAAGUCGAUGAUCUGAACCGUCCAUUCACAUUUCCCCCGAACCACUUCGACCUUGUCCAUUCAAGGCUGCUCGCAACCGGCAUCAACCGAGACCGCUGGCCCUCCUAUAUCAGAGACAUUAAAAGAGUUUUAAAGCCAGGGGGCUGGGUGCAACUAGUCGAGAUAUACUUCAAUGUCCAGUCAGAUAACGGCUCAAUCACCGAACAGCACGCAUUGAGGGAAUGGAGCACGCAAUUAAUGGGCUCUUUGGAGGAUAUGAAGGACCUUCGCGUGGGGACAAGGCUGAGAAGUCUUCUGACAGCAGCAGGCCUGACGGAGGUCGAUGCUCGAAUGAUCCCGCUGCCUCUAUCCGCAUGGUCCAAUGACCCCAGGAUGCGAGAUAUAGGCGCUAAAAACCGUGAGAAUGUUAAAAAACUGCUUCCCGCGUUGGGGCUUUAUCCAUUUACCCAACGACUGCGGAUGCCCCCACAGCAGUUUGCGGAGCUGAUAGCGCGAGCACAGCAGGAAGCCGAUACCCACAAUUUGAAGGCCUACUUUCCCCUGUACGUUUGCAUUGGAAGAAAGCCCCAGUAA